GUACCUCAGGCUCGUUCCCUAGCUCGUUGUGUUGUCGGUAGUCUAGACCGUCGAUUUCUUUGCUGUUAGCCGUAAGACGCGCUCAAUAGUUGCGCACGCAUUUCCUCUUACGGUCCGCUGCAUACAAGUCCAAGACUUCCGCUCCACUGUACCGAAGCCAUGGCGGAAAUCAACGACAGAGGCUCCGGACCAAUGCAUAUGCGUGAUACUCCUAUCGCCAGCAUAGAGGACCACCCUCGAAUACGCCAAUACCUUUCUUUGCAACGCCUGAGUUUAAAUGAGCUUCCACCGCAUCCCGAGUUUCCAGCUUCGCACAACGCGGACAGAGCGAGCCUGCCGCAAUUUCUCAACAUCAUCUUAGCCGAAGCUGGUAAGGUCGACUUCGAUAAUGGGUGGACAAGCCACGGAAAAUGGCACCCUCAAGGCACUCACAUCCAGAUGCCGGUGCUUGCCAAUGAAGGCGCUCAAAGUUUGGUUGCAGACGCUGGAAAUUGCACCAGGAAACCCGUGCCAAUUUCGGUUGACCAACGUGUCAGGGUUACGGACAAGGCCACUUGGGUGGCCAGAACAUCGUAUCACCUUCAGACCGAUGUGAACUACUCAGAGCUGGACGAGCUUCUGUCCCAAGAUCAUGGUCGUAAUGAAGCUCGAUACACGCCGAGCGUGUACGACGCGAAUGAGCUCCUGACUUGGAGUCGUCAAGAUUUAGAGAAGGCGGUAGGUGACCUACGUGGCGAGUACAAUACCGAGAGCGUGCAAAUGUCGAUCUUCCAAAUGUUUCACACCAUGCCGGAAGUCGGUGGACUCAGCCUCCUGGAAGACCGCGUGUUCCACGUCCUGAUCGUGACAGCCCAUUCUACGUGCCCGCCGCAUGCUAGUUCAGGGGGCCCUCGAUCAUUCACCGUUCAGAUCCCCGUCGAUAUCGAGUCGUUGAGCGAUGUCAAUACCAUUAGGCAAAGGAGCCAUGUCACAAAGAAGGGAUCCUCUCGACGCUACCAUCUCCCGUCGGAUGCACUAAAUGAAACGUUACCACCAACCGAAGCUCAGAAAAAGAAAAUUGGAAAGAAGCUUACUGAAGGCAAUUACGUCUCUUUAGAGCGGCUGUGUAAAGCUUCGAAGGAGUUGCUCACUAACGAAAGGGUUACACUUGAGGAGGCGCUCACUCAGUUCGAUUACCAUCAUCGGUGGGACAUGAGUACGUAACGUUUAUGUACGAAGUGCAUGUAAGACAUAUACUGAC